AACGAGCUUUGGCUUUUGAAUCUAAUCCUCCAUUGUCCCCAGAGAUCUGAGCAAGCCAGAUUCCUCAGCGAAUCGUUCCAACGAGCUGAGUCAUAAACCCGGCGAGCGACUCAGUGCGGCCUUUGGAGUCUAGCGCAGAAGCUCACUGGGCAACCGGAAAAGAGGACAAUGGAUCCCGCGAACACGCCGCUUGGCAGAAUGCUAGUGGAGGAGAUCACUCCCGUUGUCAUGGUGCUCUGCACCCCUCUCGUCGAAGAAUCUUGCCUCAAGAACAGCCUCUCCUUCGUCGAGAUGCUCAGCCCCUUCUGCUCCUUCAACAACAUCGACGUACCUGUACGGACAGCGAGUGAUCAACCCUACAGGCUGCAAAAGUUCAAGUUGCGGUUGUUUUAUGCAUCUGAUAUUCGGCAACCGAACUUGGAGGUAGCAAAAGAGCGAUUGAAACAGGUUAUUACUCAGGCUGGGGAGAAAGAUGACUUGUGUUCGGACCCCCCUCACUUUAGUAAUCUACUCGCCAGCUCUGAAUCUGGAAUUCAACCCUCAUGGUUCGAGUAUUUCAAUAAAGAGCUCGUACGGACCAUGUCUUUUUCGGACCAUGAAUCUUUUGACCAUCCUGUAGCAUGCCUUUUAGUUGUUUCUUCGAAGGAUGAACAACCUAUUAACAGAUUUGUUGACCUCUUUAACACCAACAAAUUGCCUUCUCUUCUUAAUGAUGGUGCAAUGGACCCGAAGAUCUUGAAGCAUUAUUUAUUGGUGCACGAUAAUCAAGAUAGCACUCAAGAGAAAGCAGCUAAGAUUUUAACAGAAAUGAGGAGUACGUUUGGUUCAAAUGAGUGUCAAUUACUUUGCAUUAAUUCUUCUCCCCAUGGGCUCGUUGAACGUCCAGAGAAUCCUUGGGCUCCUUAUAAAUGUGAUCCUUCACCUAGUCAGUGUCUUGGUUGCUUCCUUAACAUUGAUGACUUUAAUAAGAUAAAAGAUCUCAUGCAAGAUUUAUCAUCUAAACACAUCAUUCCUUACAUGGAGCAAAAAAUACGUGUGCUGAAUCAACAGGUUUCUGCUACAAGAAAAGGUCUUAGAAACCAAAUAAAAAACUUAUGGUGGAGAAAAGGGAAAGAAGAUGUGGCAGAUUCCCCUGAUGGCCCUAUGUAUACAUUUAGCUCCAUUGAGUCUCAGAUUAGGGUUUUGGGUGACUAUGCCUUCAUGUUACGGGAUUAUGAGCUUGCAUUGUCAAAUUAUCGUCUAAUUUCCACAGAUUACAAGCUUGACAAAGCCUGGAAGCGCUAUGCUGGUGUGCAGGAAAUGAUAGGUCUUGCAUUCUUCAUGUUGGAUCAAUCAAGAAAGGAAGCAGAGUAUUGCAUGGAAAAUGCAUUUAGUACCUAUCUAAAAAUUGGGCCAUCUGGUCAGCAAAAUGCGACAAGGUGUGGUCUUUGGUGGGUAGAAAUGUUAAAGACAAGAGAUCAGUAUACAGAUGCCGCCAGUGUCUACUUCCGUAUUUGUGGUGAGGAGCCUUUGCAUUCAGCUGUAAUGCUUGAGCAAGCAUCAUAUUGCUAUUUGUUGUCGAAACCUCCUAUGUUACGCAAGUUUGGGUUUCAUCUUGUUCUUUCUGGUGAUCGCUACAAAAAAUGUGAUCAGAUUAAACAUGCAAUUCGCACAUACAGAAGUGCUGUUUCUGUUUUUGAAGGAAUUACAUGGGGCCAUAUCAACGACCAUGUUCAUUUCCAUAUUGGACAGUGGUAUGGUAUUCUUGGGAUGUACGAUCUGGCUGUCAAACAUAUGUUGGAAGUCCUGGCCUGUAGUCAUCAGUCCAAGAUAACACAGGAGUUUUUCUUGAGGGACUUUCUUCAAAUUGUUCAGAAAACAGGUAAAACAUUUGAGGUAUUGAAACUUCAGUUGCCCAAGGUCAACAUCUCUUCACUUAAGGUCGUUUUUGAUGAUCAUCGAACUUAUGCAUCACCUGCAGCUGCUACUGUUGGAGAAAGUUUGUGGCACUCUUUAGAGGAGGACAUGAUUCCAUCGUUGUCUACUGCCAAGACUAACUGGUUGGACUUGCAAUCAAAGCUUAUCCCCAAAAAGUACAGAGAAUCAAAUGUUUGUGUGGCAGGAGAAGCGGUGAAGGUGGAUAUUGAAUUCAAAAAUCCACUGCAAAUCCCUAUUUCCAUCUCCAGUGUUUCCUUGAUAUGUGAGCUUUCUGUAAGAUCUGAUGAAAUGGAAUCUGCAUUAGCAAGUGGAGCCAAUAGUUUUCUCAUUGUUGGUGCAGAUGCGAGUAGCAAAACUGCAGAGCUUCAAAAUGAUGAUGACUUUAUAAAUUUGACCACCAAUAGGGAUAUGAGCUCUGAAAAUUCUUCAUUUACUUCAUCUGAAGUUGACUUUUCGUUAGGAGGGGGUGAAACAACUGUGGUACAACUAACAGUUACUCCAAAAGUGGAAGGCAUCCUGCAAAUUGUUGGUGUUAGGUGGAAAUUGUCUGAUUCAGUAAUUGGUCUUCACAACUUUGACUCUAACCAUAUGAAGAAGAAAAAUACGAAGGGAAAAAGGAAAGCUAAACCUGCUCCCCGUGACAACCUGAAGUUUAUAGUGAUCAAGGGUCUACCCAAGCUCGAGGGCUUCAUUCAUUCGCUACCUGAAAAGGCUUAUGCAGGAGAUAUACGGCAUCUUGUUUUGGAGUUGAGGAACCAAUCAGAAUUUACUGUGCAGAAUCUGAAAAUGAAGAUUAGUGAUCCUAGAUUCCUGAACAUUGGGGAUCAGGAAAAUUUGAAAACAGAGUUUCCUUCUUGCUUAGAAAAGAAGAAAGCUUCUGAGCAAAGUGGUGUACAUGGUAGUUCUAAUAAUUUGUCUCAGACUGUGUUUUUGUUUCCCAAGGACACUUCAAUUCAAGGGAAAACACCCUUAUUGUGGCCUCUUUGGCUUCGGGCUGCUGUUCCUGGAUACAUUUCCUUGUACAUAACUGUAUAUUAUGAGAUGGGAGAUAUAUCAAGCAUCAUUAAAUACCGCACUUUGCGCAUGCAUUAUGACUUGCAGGUAUUACCUUCAUUGGACAUAUCAUUCCAAAUCAGUCCUUGUCCAUCAAGAUUGCAAGAGUUCCUUGUGCGCAUGGAUGUUGUCAACAGUACUAGCUCGGAGAGUUUCCAGGUUCAUCAGUUAUCAUCUGUUGGGCACCAGUGGGAAAUCUCAUUGCUUCAGCAUGUUGAUACCAUAUUCCCUUCACAAUCUUUAAUGGCUGGUCAAGCAUUGUCUUGUUUCUUCAUGCUUAAGAGUUGUAGGAAGUCAUUAACUUCCCAAGACGAGAUAUCUACCCUUUCCCCACUCCUUGGAAGUGAUGUAAGAUUGGGUCCUGAGGGUAGUAAUGAACCACUUUUUGACAUUUGUAGCUCACCUCUGGCUGAUUUUCACCAUUGUGAAAGAUUGCACCUGGGAAUGUCGCAUCAGGGAGACCCAAACACAGUUGACUUCAUAUUGAUCACUCGGCCCGUGAAGGAUAACAUCAUUCCUGGGGUUUCCAAUCCGCCACAUCUUUUUUCUCAUCAUGCAUGUUACUGCAGCACUUCAAGCACAAGCCCGAUAUCUUGGCAAGUGGAUGGGCCUCAUACGCUAUAUCAUGACUUCUCUGCCUCCUUUUACGAAAUUAAUUUAAGGAUGAUUAUUUACAACUCAGCAGAUGCUGUUGCAUCCGUACGCAUUAACACCUUUGAUUCCACCAAUUCUAGUGGCCAUUUAAGUGAAGGAACUACCACUGUAUCUACUGAUCCCUCUGGAGACCAAGCAGGGUGGCGCGAUGCUUCGGUUGUGAAUGACAUUAAAGUUACAUCUGAUGUCGGUGGAUCCCGAGCCGGAAAGUCAUUGUCAGUUGAGAGUGUCCCCCCAUUCAUUUGGUCAGGGACGAGCUCUACCAGAAUCCAACUUGAGCCUAUGUCCACAUCUGAAAUUCCUCUUCAGAUUUGUGUAUUCUCUCCUGGGAUAUAUGAUCUGUCAAACUACGUUUUGCAUUGGAAAGUUGUAUCCUCUAAUGACCCAGGAAACCAGGAGGGAGCAAGUCGGUCUUCAGGAACAUGCCAGGGGUAUCCAUAUUAUCUUAGUGUCCUCCAAUCAUCUUGAAAUUUUAUCCUGUGCUGGUAUUGUAACUUUGGCAGUGUAUAGUAUUUUAAUGUAUUUUUCACAGCAAUAGAAAGUGUGAAAAAGAUAGUGAAGGUAGGAAAGGAAAUUAAAUUCUUUUUUCUUUUUUAAUUCUUGCAAUAAUAAUAGCGCUUAAAAAAAUGAAUUUAAUUUGUUGCCGAAUGAUGUACAAGGACUGACCAUUUUUUAAUAGAGAAAUUUGAGCUAUUUUUAUUGUAUUAA